GAUAAGGAGACGGUGUGAUUUAUAUUUCUGGAUGCGGUAAACCUUGAAAGCACAUCAACAUGCUGGGAAUAUUGGAAGUGCUGCUGUUCCUUUGCAUCAUAGGAUACUUUUUCAACAAAGAACGAGCAAUCGAUAUGGUUGAUAUCAUAUCGAACCGCGUUCAGGAGGCAUACGGGUCCUUCCGGUUACCGAGCAUGUUUGGACCGGGAACGGACACCCAACAAAAUGGAGGAUUUUCGACGUACGCAAUGCUUAAGCGGUUCGGUGAGGCUGGUAGACGGCAGCGUCAGUUAAAUGCGGACAUUGACCAUCAGGUGCGACAGCAAAGUCUCUUCCACAUAAAGGAAAUGCCGAUAACGCACGUGCAACCGGAAUUGAAACCAAUUCCUGGCAUGGCAUGUCCAUACUGCUCGCCGACAGAAAGCCGUCCCCAGCUUGGUGCGGACGAUCGGCGACGUCAUGCAAUAGACAUUCUGCGUGUCACAACACACGCUGGUGAGCAGUACGCUCGUGUCAACAAUCCAGGAUCCUUCGACUGGGGUGUUUGGUGUCCGCAUCUAGCUCAGGCCACGCGUGUGCGCCGCUUCUCGUACCCGCAAGUAGCCGGUGCCGUGCUGCCCGACGAACGUGUGCAGGAGGCCCUGGAUAUAGCCGUAAAAGAAUCCAUCAACGAUAAACGUGCAGAGCUAGGAGUUGCGGAAAAUGAUGAAAGUUUCGACGAAGAUAAAUACUACAGCGAGAUGUUACGGAAUCAUGAACGUAGAGCGGGAAAGAUCCUGAUCGGUAUGCGCUCAAAGAUUUCGAACCUUGUGCUUCGCAUUACGUCCUGGGUGCUGUACAAGUUGCUGCCCUGCUUCAUGUCCGGUGUGGCCGCCCAUCCAGCACAGGUGGACAUGAUAAAACGCGCCAUCGAGAAGCACCCGGACGUGCCGUUAAUCUUCCUGCCACUACAUCGUAGUCAUCUGGAUUACAUUAUGGUUAGCUUCAUUCUGCUGAACAACGAUAUCAAGUGUCCGCUAGUGGCUGGUGGAGACAAUCUUCGCAUUCCCGUGUUUGGUAGCAUUCUUCGUUAUGAUGGGGCGUUCUUCAUUAAGCGCAAGAUCGAUCCACUGACUGGCAAAAAGGAUCAUGUGUACCGUGCAAUUUUGCACACCUAUCUGCAGAAGUGUUUGACCGCAGGGCAUAAUGUCGAAUUUUUCAUCGAAGGUGGUCGUACUCGUACGGGUAAACCGUGUAUGCCAAAGAGUGGCAUUCUUUCAGUGAUUGUUGAUGCAUUCAACGACAAAAGUAUCUCGGAUGCGUUGAUUGUGCCAGUGUCGAUCAACUACGAAAAGCUGGUCGACGGUAACUUUGUACGCGAGCAGCUUGGCCAAAAGAAAAUCCCGGAAAGUUUUGCUUCAGCCGCUUCGGCUAUCAUGAAAGUACUGAAAGCCCGCUAUGGGCUGAUGAGGAUCGAUUUCAAUGAACCGUUUUCACUAAGUGAGUUGGUUAAAUCGUUGCGUAAAUCUGAUACCGCGCACAAUUACACACCGGAGAUGCGACGACUGCAACACAAACCAUCUUCAUCCUCGCUGUUCGGUACGGAUGUGGUGCAGGAAGAACAGGACCAACGGCAACUGAUCGAUAACAUUGCACGACACGUGGUGUACGAUAGUGCCCGUGCCACAUCCGUCAUGACAACAAAUGCUUUAGCAUUCCUACUAUUGAACCGUUUCCGUGAUGGUGCACCACUUUCAAUUCUGGUGGAGGCGCUCGAUGAACUGCGUGCCGUGCUGAAUGGAGUACGCGAUCUUGGUUUUACCGGCUCUUCGGAAGACGUCAUACGCUACGCAGCCGAUCUACUCGGCCCCGGCUUAGUUUCGAAGGAAAUGCGCAAUGGACAAUUGUUCAUCAAACCGGUUGUUAUGAUUCCUAACGUGAUCGAACUGUCUUACUAUUCGAACUGUCUCAUACCUCACUUUGCGCUCGAAUCGAUCGUUGUUACGUGUGCAACGGUACUGAAGCGUGAAAAGGAACGUAAAGCAAACACCGAUCGACACGAUCACGUGGAAGAGGUGACGGUCGGCAGAAGGGCGUUGCUAGAAAUGUGUAUGGAAUUUGCUGAGCUCCUGAUGUAUGAGUUCAUCCUGUGCAAACCGUGCCAGAAGCUAGAAACGGUGAUCGAAAACACACUGCAGGAACUUUGCCUACGGGAGAUCCUAUUGCAGCCGGAACAGGAGCUAACCGAGGAUCAGAUGAUGGCACAAAAGCUGGCGCGAAAUUUGGAAUUUGAUGGUUUGGAUGUAGACGAUGAGGAGUUGAACGAUUAUUUCGAUGAUCAUCACAAUUCCACCACGAACGGGCGAUUCGGCAUGGACGAUGACGAGACGCGGAUACACUUCCCAGCAGAAAAACACUGCGAUCGGCUUGUGCUGCAAUCGGUAUUGGCACCGUUUACGAACACAUACUCGGCAGUAGCAUCUUCGCUGCAUCAGCUGCUGGACGGUAAUUCUAUAGUGGAGUCCGAAUUUAUUCGCCUGUGCAUCAAAGAAAUUAGUACUCGCGUGGAGCUAGGAGACUGCAAAUAUGGUGAAAGCAUAUCCACCGACACAGUACGAAACUGCCUAAAAGUUUUCCAGAAACGAUCGUACAUCGAGAUUACAAACAACAAUGGUGUACGGUUGGUUUCGCUACAAGCCCCGUACGAUACGAUGGCGGAACUGCAGAACAUAGUACAAGAGGUGCACAUUUUUGUACCGGCUUAGUUAAGCGACAGGAUCAUGAUCGUUCCAUUACACCUAUCCAGACGAUACCAAAACCAAAAC